GUAAGUGCUCUGCUACGCUGCGCGUAACAGUUUGCUUUUGUUUUGUUCACGCUUCGCGAAUUGAGUUGGAUAUUUUUGUUUUCCACACAUUCUACGCGUAGGAGUGCGGUUUUUCAUGUGAAUUUGUGGCAGAUCACUUGGCAGAGCAACCAAGUCCGUGAAACCGCCGGAAAAGAGCUCCCUUGCGCUGGGACUGGGAUGUGCGCAAAUCAUUUAAAUUGUUGACACUUCCGUGUGAUUAUGAUUCCUCAUAUGUCGAAUUCCACUUGGUUCCCACGCCGCCCCAUCAAGGAGUAAACUCAUCCAGGAUAAACUGGUUGAAGGCCAAGCGGAAUCCAAUUUUUAGAGGCGAUAUGUUGGCUUACUCCCACGGCUUAUGGCUCCUUCUGCUGCUCCUUGUGACAGGCGCAUGCGCGCGGCCAGAAAACAGUCAGGACUCCUCCCCACAUCAGCAUCCCCAUGCCACGCUGGAGGAAGGUGAGCAAGGGACAGCCAUACCGGCUCCUAUAUCCACGGCUGAUAAUGUGGCCAUAAGUGAAGCCACUACGACAUCAACUCCGCCGGAAACGGUGGCCCAAAGUGUGUCUAAUUCGGAAUCUGUGACAGAAACGACAACCACAACAACAGCAUCGGCAUCAUCUUCGUCCACGUCCUCUUCCACCUCGACCACUUCGGCCGCCCCUCCUCCACCGGCUGCUCCUGAAGUACCGGAGUACUUCAAGCACUGUUUCUAUGCCGAGGAGCAGCUGUGUGGUGGGCCCACCUUUGACGGACGAACCGACGCCAUCGAGGGCCAGUCCUCGACCACUCCCCAAUCGGACUCCCAGAACAGAGGAGCACUGGGAAACAGCCAAUGCCAGUGCAAGGAGCAUCCGGCGAAGCCCAACUCCUGGUACUGCUGCAACAUAUCGCAGCUGACGAUGAUCUCGAGCUGCAGCAACAUAUCCAAAUGGAUCAACCUGCACGUGCGCAACAUGACCAUGGAGGACAUGGAUCUGUCCAAUCCCAUUUUCCGAUCACUGCAGUCGCUUGCCGUGACCGAUGGCAACAUCACGCGACUGGUGAACGCUUUUCCACGGCUCUCGGCUCUCAAAUGCCUGAAUAUAUCGAACAACAACAUCUCGGAGAUCCAGCCGCGGGCGGUAAAGGAUGUGCCGCACCUGGAGUUUUUUGGCAUGUCGAACAACAAUCUGUCGCUGGUGCCGCAUCGGAAUCAGAACAAGAACAUAACUCUGGAUAUCAGUGGCAACAUGCGCAUGUUGUGCAACCCGCUCAACGAGAUCAUCUACAACGAAUCCAUAAACUUUGUAAAUCCCAAGCACUCCUACUGCCAGUACAACGUCACCAGCACCUGGUUUCAGUCUACAGACAAGGUGUCCGUCGAGCAGUUGGAGAACAGAAAGCGUUGCAUGACAAACUGCCCGGUGAUCCCGAACUACGGUAGCUGCAAUUGCACACUGCAGAACAUCAUGAUCAUUCAGGACAACCAGUCGAAGCCCCAGUGCCAUGUCGACUGCUCCAAUCUUGGCCUGGUUGAGCUACCGCAACGACUGCCGGACAACACAUUUAUGCUCAAUAUCACAAACAACAAGAUAACCAGCCUGGGCGAUUACUUCCAGACGAAUCCCACCUACCACAACAUCAACCGCCUUGUGGCCGACAACAACCAGAUAUCCUCCAUCUACGAGUUCGAGGGUACCAAGUUCAUCGAAACCUUUCAGCGCAUCUACAUGCGGAAUAAUUCAUUGAGCAAGAUUCCCGAGUAUUUCCUAAAUAAUGCCCUAAUGGACUCGGGCCUGGGUCGUCGUAUCUACCUGGCUGGCAAUAAGCUCCAGUGCGACUGCAACUCGGCCAAGACGUUGCAGAACUGGCUGAAGGAGCGCAGCUCCGACAUACCCGACUACAUGGAGAUUCGUUGUCGCAACCUGCCCCAGAGUGUAAUCGAGCUGCAGGAGGCCAAGCUGUGCCAAUCCCCUCCCGACUGGACCGACUACAUAUACUAUUUAAUAGCCGCCGAGGUCAUCCUGUUGCUGGCGCUUAUUGCCAAGGUGUCCUACGAUUAUUGGGUCUUCAAGACUGCUGGCUAUCUGCCAUGGCCAGCUAGCAAAAUGCCCAAGUUGCCCUGCGAUUGGCUGUGUGAAUCGUAGAGUUGUUUCCUCACCGGGGGUUCCUAGGUCAUAUAGAGCAACCGACAGACAGACAGAAAACUUUGACCGUGACAUGAUUCACAUGACAGAACGUGUUUCCAUACGUGUUCCAUCUUAUUCUAUAUAUCCGACUGCGGAACUAUGUGCCUUUUAUAUACAUAUGUGAACGAUUUUUGUUGUUAUUAGCCCUAAGAACUGUAUGCAUGUACUUGUCGUAAUGUAGUGGGUGCAUCUGAAUAUAUACAUAUUUACAGAGUAAAGUUGAUCAGAUCAGAGUAAGCAUAUCUCGAUAUCAGUUUAGUCAGCAGAGAACAACGACGAAUAAAUCAAUAGACAAAGUCAUGUUCAGAGUCCAUUUUACGAAUGA